AUGGAUUUCUCUACCAAUGGCGAACCCAAGUUCGACCCAUCCUCUAGGCCUGGGCCUCUCGGCUCAAACUCCACAACGAAGGGCGAAUCGCAACCAGAAGAUGAGAUGAAAUACCCGUCAGGGGCCGCUCUUACCGUUAUUAUGAUUGGCUUGGUUGCCGCUAUCUUCCUCAUCUCGCUUGAUACUACUAUCGUCUCGACUGCCAUUCCUCGUAUAACCGAUGAGUUCCAUACAGUGGCAGAUAUGGGAUGGUAUGGAUCCGCCUUCUUCCUCACGCUCGCAUCCUUCCAGGGAUCCUGGGGUAAAGUCUAUCGCUACUUUCCGCUCAAGACGAGCUAUAUUGCGUCAAUCUUUAUCUUCGAGGUCGGAUCUCUUAUUUGUGCUGUUGCUCAGAAUUCCGUGACUCUUAUCGUUGGCCGGGCUAUUGCCGGUCUGGGUGCCGCAGGUAUCUCGUCCGGCUCGUAUACCAUCUUAGCAUUCACUGCAAGACCCGAAAAGCGAGCUGCGAUGACAGGUAUCAUUGGGGCUAGCUUUGCUAUCGCCAGUGUAGCCGGUCCCCUUAUUGGUGGCGCGUUCACAGAACACAGUACCUGGCGCUGGUGCUUCUGGGUCAAUCUACCCAUUGGUGGUGUUGCAGCCGGGCUGAUUGUUCUAUUCUUCCAUUCUCCGCCACAGGCACAGGCAAAGAACACGACUUGGAAAGAAAUCGUCCUGCAGAUGGACCUCUCCGGCAUCACUCUCCUCCUCGGUGCAAUCUGCUGCUACCUUCUUGCGCUCCAAUGGGGUGGGGCAUCUUAUCCCUGGAGCAACUCCAAGGUGAUCGGGACAUUAGUCGGUUUUGUCAUGCUUAUUGUGCUUUUCGUCGUCAACGAAGCAUUCCUCAAGGAUAAAGCCAUGAUCCCGCCGCGGCUGAUGAAGCAACGCACCAUUCUUUUCUGUUCAAUGUUCACCUUCUUUCUCUCCGGUUCUUUCUAUCUGCUGCUCUACUAUCUUCCAAACUACUUCCAGUCCGUGAAAAAUGCCUCUGCUGCAAGCUCGGGAGUGCGCACUCUCCCCCUGGUGCUUGGGAAUGGUCUGUUUGCUGUGGCCUCUGGCGCUCUUCUCGGCGUGAUAGGGUACUACCUGCCCCUUCUCACAGUGGGAUCCGUCAUGAUCACCAUCGCCAGCGGUCUCCUUUACACUCUUGACCUCCACUCCAACUCGGGCGCGUGGAUCGGAUACCAAGCCCUCGCAGGUAUUGGCGUCGGACUCUGCAUUCAGGUUCCCAUCAUGGCAGGACAAGCUGUCGUUGAAGUCCAAGACCUAUCUAUCAUCUCAGCAGGCGUACUAUUAUUCCAAUGCAUGGGCGGUGCUAUGUGUGUGCAGGCUGCCCAGGCUGUUUUCAGCAACACGCUUCUCAAAGAAGUCCUCAAGCGUGCACCAGAUCUGAGUCCUGCUCUGAUUAUCCAAACUGGCGCAACGGAGCUGAGAGAUGUGUUCGCGGGUGAGCAGGUUACUAUUAUAUUGAAUGGCUAUGUGGUUGCUCUGCAGGACUGUUUUCUUUUGUCGACUGUGCUCGCGGCUAUUGCGGCUUUGAUCUCAGUUAACUCAGGGUGGAACAACUUGAACAAGAAGAAGAAGGAGACUGAUGCGAGCUCACAGGGAAAUCCUUAG